ACAUUGGUGAAAUUUUGGUGAAAAUUAUGAAAUGUUUUUACAAUUUGUAUAUUUUAUUCAAUACAAUACAUGAUAAUAACUGCAACUAAAACAUUGGAUGUAUUCGAUAACAAUUAUGUAUUUUGCGUUCUAAACCAGCAGGGGGCGUUAAAGUUGCAAUAAAUACUUAGAUGACGACAGUACAAAGGCGAGCGUUAUAGAAAAUGGAUGGAUGGAUGCAUGGACUAUCCACUGGAUAGGUUUUUUGAAUUAUGCUUUAGUUCAAUUGCCAGUUCAACCACCCGGUGCCUCCAGUGGUGAGGAUGUUGCUCAGGAAGUUUCCUGCCAUCUGAACGCAGCAGGUGGCCUCCGGCCUCCACAGAUGUCAGAAUGAAGGGACAAACAAAGCGCAGGAGCAGGUGGAGGGCGGGCAGACGGACGUUGGAGCUUUGAGCGUGUGAGCUGUCAAAGCGCUCGCACAUACAAAAAACCACGGAAGCCCAUUGGAGAAGAGGAGUGUUUCCUGGCAAUUUGGUGCCAUUCUGACCUACAAGCAGAGGCAGACCCCCGAGGACGGUUCGCCUGAUCCAGGGGGAGUUUCGAAGGUGUCAGCAAGUCACUGACUGAUGGAGAAAUACGAGAAACUGGCCAAAAUUGGAGAAGGUUCUUACGGCGUGGUAUUCAAAUGCAGAAACAGAGACACAGACCAGAUUGUUGCCAUCAAGAAGUUUGUGGAAUCUGAAGAUGAUCCAGUCAUUAAGAAGAUUGCACUGAGGGAAAUACGCAUGCUGAAGCAACUGAAACACGUCAAUCUGGUCAACCUACUGGAGGUUUUCCGCAGGAAACGCCGCCUCCACCUGGUGUUUGAGUUCUGCGAGCAGACAGUCCUCAACGAACUGGAAAAACAUCCACGAGGGGUUCCUGAGGAUCAGCUUAAGAGCAUUGUAUGGCAGACACUACAGGCCGUCAACUUCUGCCACAAACACAACUGCAUCCACCGAGACGUCAAGCCUGAAAACAUCCUCCUUACCAAAAGCGGUGUCAUCAAGUUGUGCGACUUUGGCUUCGCUCGCAUACUGACUGGACCAGAAGAUGACUACACAGACUACGUGGCAACCCGCUGGUACCGGGCCCCGGAGCUCCUGGUUGGGGACACUCAGUAUGGGCCACCAGUGGACGUGUGGGCGCUGGGAUGCGUCUUUGCUGAGCUGCUUAACGGAAGUCCACUCUGGCCUGGGAAGUCUGACGUGGACCAGCUCUAUCUCAUACGCAAAACUCUUGGGGACCUCAUUCCUCAUCACCAGCAGGUGUUCCGGUCUAACGUGUUCUUUAGUGGCGUCAAUAUUCCUGAACCUGACACCACGGAAACAUUGGAAAAGCGAUUCUCUGGUGUGUCACCACAGGCUCUCCAUGUUAUGAAGUCAUGCCUGGUGAUGGACCCCUCCCUCAGAUUGUCCUGCGAGGAGCUGCUGGAGCUGCCCUACAUCCAUGAUGACAGCUGUUCUGGCUGGGUCCGCGAGGGGGAACGUCCUGUAAGACGCCACGAUAAAGGACCCCGCCGCAGACAGACAGGGGCCCAGUACCUGCCACAGUUAACAAACAGCAACAUGUCACCAGCACCAGACAUCAAGAAGCCAGCGAAGCACAAAUAUCACCUUCCCAACAUUUAGCCAACGACGAGCCAGCUGGCCUGCAUUGAACUUGUGGCUCCACCAGACUGGAUGGAACACGAUGAGGACGCUUGCACUUCUUCUAUCUGGUAUCACUAACACGCGCCACCCAACACUGUGGUUGUGAUGCUAGCAGCAGGUGAGCACCCACACAUGUACUAAAGCACUGAAGCACGUGAACCACACCAGUCCACAUACAUAUAUUUUGUGGUGCAUUCAAGGGCUGCACUUGAACCUAGCCUCGGGACUUUGAGUGUCCACAAUUACAACAAUGAAGUGUAGAAUAUGCACAAUAUUCAUUCAAUCAUUAAGCUGGCAUCAGUGUAUAAUAUUUUUAAUACAAAGCAGGAAGGUGAAAAAUGAAUGUACUGUAUAUUACAAAUAACUCAAUCUUGUAUAGUUUUAAUAAAACCU